AUUUGAGGUGAAAAUUAGAAAAUACUUCUGAAUCCAAAGUGGACCGGAGCAAUGGAAGAUUACAAAUCCAUAAAAAUCGAGCGUCAAAAUCCAAGCUCCGGCGUCUUCCAUCUCCGCCUCCACCGUCCAUCGCACUACAACGCCCUCACAACCGAACUCUUCGCGGAACUCCGGCGAGCGCUUUCAUCUCUCGAUCAAAACCCCGAUGUCCGCGUCAUCAUCCUCUCCGGAUCUGGCAAGCACUUCUGCGCCGGUAUCGACCUCAAAUCGACGGCCUCCAACUUCGAGAAUCUUCUCUCAAGCGAGCGAGGUCGAGCAGGCGAGAGGCUCCGACGGGAGGUCAAGGCGAUGCAAGACUCGAUAACUGCGAUUGAGGAGUGCCGUAAACCGGUGAUUGCGUGCAUCCAUGGCGGAUGCAUCGGCGGAGGAGUUGAUAUAGCGACGGCGUGUGAUUUGAGGUAUUGCACGGCGGAGGCGGUGUUUUCGGUGAAAGAGGUUAAUUUAGCGAUUACGGCGGAUCUCGGGACUCUGCAGAGGCUGCCAGGAAUCGUAGGGUUUGGGAAGGCGGUUGAGUUAGCGUUGACGGGCCGGGAGUUUUCGGGCUUGGAGGCUAAGGAAUUGGGCCUGGUUUCUACAACUUUUGCUUCCAAGAUGGAGCUCGACAAUGGCGUCAUCAAAAUCGCUGAAGAAAUAGCAUCAAAAUCACCAUUGGCAGUGGUGGGAACAAAGGCAGUGCUACUCAAAAGCAGAGACCUAACUGUUGAACAGGGCUUGGAUUAUGUUGCAACUUGGAACUCAGGAACUCUACUCUCAGCUGAUCUCAAAGAAGCCAUCUCGGCUCGAGCCCAUAAACGUAACCCUACAUUUUCUAAGCUGUGAGACUGAGGACUCGAAGGUAUACGUCUUAAUCAGUUGAAUUAUGCUUAACGUUAUAUACUUAUAGUGAUAGCAUAUGAAUUGAAACUUGUUGAGGAUUUCUAUGAUAUCAUUUGUUUCAUUGGAAAGCAAUGAAAGAAAUAAUGUUAGGACA